GCACCAUUUCUACACCACGCUUCUUCACACCUUUACUCUCUUCACUCUCCGACGGGCGACAGUUCAACAACACAGGGAAGGGGAAUUCCCUCUCUGUAGUCAUUCAAACUUGACUACAGAGUCAAUGUCCAAUUACUGUUGAACUGUCGCUUUGUGUUAAAUGGGCACAUGCACAAUCCCUCACAAGUCUGCCCAAAGAAAGUCAGAUUGGCUGUUUAACUGCAAAGCUCAUUAUUUAUUUCAAACCCAAUUAAUCCGUAGGAUAACUCAUAUCAUUGAUACCCUAUAUUUCUGUUGUGUUUUAGGUCUUGGUGUGUUCAGUCGUACAGGUUUUAGGCUGAAUAAGUGUCUUUCAGAGAAGUGUCCUGAUGCGCAGUCGUUCUCAGAGCGCAUGGAGCAAGGCGCCUGGAUAAAUAUAGCCCCACUGCUUUAUAUGGUCAAGAUGGAGCUCAUACUGCAGGCUGCGCUCUGUGCUAACCACAAGGGGGAAACGCUGUAAAUAAAUUAGUGUUUUAAAAUAAAUUCCCUUCGGAUGAAUACAUGACAACUAAACUGUGUAAAUAAUUUCAAUUUAGGCAUGUUAAAGGUCGUGCUUUUGGAGAAAAUCCUCGGAAACAGUUUUUCACGACAAAAAAAAGAAUCCUGUAAAUGCCCGAGUUAGUGUGACUGUCCGGUGCAGCAGACACUUUGUUCACAAGAGUCAAUCAGGGGAAUCAAUUUGUAGUGUGGUUUAGAAGUGGCCUCGGGGAUAACCCGGUGUCAAAAAUCCUUUAAUUGGAUUCCUCCGGGGAGUUAGGCAUUAGUGUGACUAUAGUCUGGUGAGUUUUAGCCACAUCUGUCAUACUUGGUGCUGUAUUUCUUUCCCUGUAGGCCCAUGUAUUGCUGUGGUUUUUUUUCUUAAUAUUUCUAUGUAGGGAGGUUUAAGUAUGGCUGUAGUGCUCAAACAAGUUGAACUAUACUUAGUGUUUUAUAGCCUUGUUUUUCCCCCCUUUCAUAUUCUUCAAGGGUCUUCUGUGAUAUUUGCUAAGUUUAAAGUUUAAAGCGUAGUCUGUAAUUACUGUAUUCGGUGCAGACUUACUGAAUGGCCUGUAGUCGGUAGAGGUAUUUUACUGCCAUGUGCACUACUCACAAUUGACCAGCAGAUGGCGCGGUGGCUCUGUUAGAUAGCUACAAGCGGGCUAAUUACAGUGUAUUGACUGGGUGUGUUCUUGUCAUUAAAUAUGCAUUGUUGCUUUGCAUCAAUUCAAUUUCACGUGAUGUUAUUUCCUGGGGCAAUCCGCAAUAAUUCCACAGUGUAAAUCUUUCAGUGCGCAAUCAUUCAGAAUAGUUAAUUUGCAAGUCUAUUUUUGAAAUCAGCAGUACUUCCUGGACAAAUGACAGGCAUCGCAGAGAGCGUCUCCAGAAAGCUUUGCGCGCGGUCCAGUCUUCACGCAGCUUUCAGCACAAUCAAGAACGUCAUCUCGACCCUUGACAAUUACUCGGAAAUUGUGCUGCACUCAGAGCGUAUUUUCUUAGUUUUUCUUUUAACAUAGUUGCAGAGUAAACAAUGGCCGGGGCUACAUCGCUCGAGGCAGUCAAACGAAAGAUCAAAUCUUUACAAGAUCAGGCAGACGGUGCUGAAGAGAGAGCCGAGAAAUUACAGAGGGAGUUACUUGCGGAGAGGAAUGCCAGGGAACAAGCUGAGAGCGAUGUCGCUUCCCUUAACAGACGUAUCCAGCUGGUUGAGGAGGAGUUGGAUCGUGCUCAGGAGCGUCUGGCCACUGCCCUGACCAAGCUGGAGGAGGCUGAGAAGGCAGCUGAUGAGAGCGAGAGAGGCAUGAAGGUCAUUGAGAACAGGGCCAUGAAGGACGAGGAGAAGAUGGAGCUGCAGGAGAUCCAGCUGAAGGAGGCCAAGCACAUCGCUGAGGAGGCUGACCGCAAAUAUGAGGAGGUGGCCCGUAAACUGGUCAUCAUUGAGGGUGAACUGGAGCGUACAGAGGAGCGCGCUGAGCUGAACGAGGGACGGGCUCGGAGAAUGGACGAUGAGCUAAGGGUUUUGGAGCAAAGCAUGAAAUCACUAAACUCCUCAGUCACAAAGUACUCUCAGAAGGAGGACAAAUACGAGGAGGAGAUCAAGGUCCUCACUGACAAGCUGAAGGAGGCUGAGACUCGUGCUGAGUUCGCUGAGAGAUCAGUAGCCAAGCUUGAGAAGACCAUUGAUGACUUGGAAGAGAAACUGUCACAAGCUAAGGAAGAGAACCUCGAUAUGCACCAGAUGCUGGACCAGACUCUAAUGGAACUGAAUAAUUUGUGAAAGCACGGUCUGACCCCACACGCACUGUGGUUUUGGCUUUUUGUACAUGCACCUUGCUUACCAUAAACCCCUCUUCUCAUACCUUGCCCAUGGUGGAGAUGAAAUGGCCAAAUACAUUUCCUAUUACACCGUCCUGCCUUCAGCGGAAGUUGACCAAGGAGCAAAGAUACGGGGAAGUAAAGCUUAAGCAUUCCCUUUGAUGAAGCCUAAACUGAGAAACAAUAUUGUUUGUUCGCAAGCCAGUUUUUAAUCUUGUAAUGAUGUCUGCCUUUUGCAAUCCUUGAGAUAGUUUUUUUUUUUUUUUUGACAAGUCAUUUGGUGAAGUGACAUUUGUAAGAUUGGUUUCUACUGCAUUGAAGCUGACCUGGUUCGUUCCAUUCCACCUAGAUUAUGCACAUACAGAAGGACAAAGUGGAGACAUUUUGCACUUAGUUUAACAUGAAUUCUGUAAGACAAAUUAUGUUUAAAAAGAUAUACAUGCCCUCCUCCCAGAAACUUUCAUAACAAGUGUAAGUAUAAAUUGGCUAUGCCUGUCAUCAUGUAUACUGGUGCUAAUGUAAUGUUAAGCAAUGCCCGGACAUGCUAAUGCAUUACAGUGUAGUCUUAUCCUUUAAAACCAUGGUUCAACAUUGUUUCAUCAUGUUUAUAAAGUAUAGAUUUCAGUCAUCUGGUUGUGCAUUGUUUUAGCAUUGUAUUAAUGUAGAUGUCUCAAGUGUUUAUCAUAUCUGAAAUUUACAAAUUAUAAAAAAUAAAAAGCACGUUUUGAAAAUGUUC